AUGGAAGAGGGUUUUGUGAAGACUUCGAAAGGUAUCCUGUCUCGAAUUCAAAGCAAGAGGCCAUCAGGGCUCAAAGUUCUGCGAUAUGGCUGGCCUAGCUUGGCAGUCAUGGCAGAGGUCCUCUCUUCUGAGGAGGAACAGCCGGAGGUAGAGGCAGUUGCCGGAAAGCCUCCGGCAUCGAAGACGCAGACAGAAGUUCCCAAGGAGCCCAAAGAGGUCCAGGAGGCAAAGGUCCCUCCGAGCCGCAAGCGCCCAGCGACCGAGCCGCUCCCCUACGGCUGGGUGCGCAAGGCGUCGAAGACAAAGAAAGGUGCCUACUACUAUGCAAACAUCCUCACUGGAAAGACCCAGGUGAAUCGACCUGGUCCUCGUACCGCCAGCGCUUCAGGCCAUAGGCAGCGAGCCAACCGCUCGGAGCGCUUGGAAGUGUCGGGCUCCGCGCCCGCCGUGUCCGAGGAGCUUCGGCAGAGGCAGGCAGAGCACGAUGCAGCCGCAGAGGCGGAGCUGGAAGAAGUCAAGCGCAAGGCCGCGGAACGUCGUGCGGCCCAAAAGGCCAUGGAGACAGCUCCGGACGACGAGGGCUCCGAGGAGUCGGGCUCGGCAGAUGACGAGAACGUGACUGGAGAGGCUUGCAGUUUCUCAGCCAGUGGCUGGUACCAGACUCGACAGUCUCUUCGCCCAGAGGAUGUGACAAAGUGGAAGCAAGAAGAAGAGCUCCGUGAGAAGAAGCAGGCAGAGAGAGAGGAAAAGGAGAGGCUGUCGUGGCCCGCAGCUUCAGAGCUCCCUCCGGUUCCUCGCGUUUUGCAGCCAUGCCUGGAUGUGCUGAAGGAUGGGAAGUGGGUCGAGCGGCACGUCUUGGGCUCCGACAAGCAGCGCUGGACGCUGGGACGAGCAGUCGGGGAAGUGGACUUCCCUAUGAACCAUUCCACCAUCUCGAGGCAGCACGCGGCGCUGACCAGAGGCGGCGGCGGGAUCUACCUCGUGGAUCAGUCCGUCCAUGGUGUACAGGUGGACGCGCAGCGUAUCGAAAAGAACCUGCGCGUCCUCUUAAAGAACGGUGCCAUGAUCAAGUUUGGGGCCUCAACGAGGUUGUAUGUCUACCACGAACCCACUUAG